AUGUCCUUCAGCUCAGUGCCUGACGCCAUCGAGGCGUUUAAAAAUGGGGAGUUUCUCGUUGUCAUGGACGAUGAGACCAGGGAAAACGAGGGGGACUUGAUCAUCGCCGCCCAGCACACCACCCAGGAAAAAAUGGCCUUUUUGGUGCGUCACUCGUCUGGCUAUGUCUGUGUGCCCUUGUCGACCGAGAGGGCUGAUGAGCUCGACUUGCAGCCCAUGUUGAAGGAUCGAACUGACCGCCAUGGUACGGCUUAUACGGUCACUUGUGACUAUGCUCACGGCACGACCACGGGCAUCAGUGCUCACGACAGAGCCUUGACGGCGAGAUCGUUGGCUGACGCUGCUUCCAAGCCCGACGAUUUCAUCAGACCAGGACACAUUUUACCUUUGAGAGCAGUGCCAGGCUUGCUUCAUCAGAGAAGGGGCCACACUGAGGCUUCGGUGCAUCUUUGCAAGUUGGCUGGCUUGCAGCCAGCAGCGGUGAUCUGUGAGCUUGUGAGAGACGAGGACGGACUCAUGAUGCGCCUAGAUGACUGCAAGGAGUUCUCCAAGAAACACGGCAUCAGAAUUGUCACCAUCGAGCAGAUUGUAAACUAUCUCAACCAAAAAGAGUAG